AUCUGGCGUCCGGCGGGUGCUCCACACGUGUGGGACGGCAGACAAGUCAGCCCGGGCCAAGGCCGUGUCCCCGCGUGGGAGGGCGUCUGGCUGGCCUGAGCCCUGGGCGAACCCCUUUGCACCCUCGGCUCCCCAGCCAUGGCCCGCAUCGUGGACCUGGUGCCCUGGGAGGACGGCUCCACCCACGUGUACGCGUCCCCAGCCAUCCUGGUCCCGAUGGAGCGGCAGAGAAACCAGCUGGCCGGCGUGAAGCAGCAGCUCUACCACCCGGCCCUGCCCAGCCUGCGCCGCAUGGACAUGGACUCCGCCAGGGCCUGCCUGUCGGAGGAGCACUGCCGGUCCACCACCUACUGCCGCAAAGAUGACUUUGACAACGCCUACUUCACUCUCCUUGGUGUCCCCAACAAACCCCUGCAGUGCUUGGACAUCACCGCGACGGGCCAGAGGCUCCGCGACAGGUGCCGCGAGGGAAAGCUGGCGCCCAUCGCGCCGGGCAUCAGCCGGCUGGACUGGCCCUGCUUCGUGCGCGCCUUCGAGGACUGGUCCCGUUUCGUGUCCUCUGCCAGAGAGUUCAGGCUGCCCCCCUCGAGCAAGAAGGCCGAGAGUUUCAGCGGCUACGCGGUGCGGCACUUGAAGCCGGAGGUGACCCAGAACUGGCGGGAACACUUUCCGCCACUUCGGAUCCUACUACAGUCGUUCCAAUUACCUAAUUCCCUGGCGUUAACCUGCGGAAGGAGGCUGACGCCCAGGAGGCUGACCCCCAGGCUGCCGGACCACGCCCCCUCAGGUUCCCCAGCAGGACAGAGGGUGAACGGUGGCCUCCCCCAUCUCCCCCAGAGUUCAGCCUGACCUGAAAUAAACCUAUUGUUCCCACAGGGAGGUGUUGUGUGUCUGUGUGUGUGUGCAUGUGUUGGGGGGAGGGGGGUCAGGACCUGUCUUCUGCCCUGUUGUCAUCAAAGCCCCCUGCUUGGGACAAAGAGAUGGGCAACAUGGUCCCUCGCCUUGCUGGAGACAGACACUCUUCCUCAGCCUCUCUGAGUGGGGUUACCCCGGACGUGGCCCCGGAGCUUCCACGCCCCGCCCCCCAGGAUGGCACGCCUGUCUUUCCGUCGGCUGCUGGGCGGACAGCAGGGAAGGAGUCGGCCUCCGGUCCAGCCCUGGGGCUCAGAGCGAGUCCCAGCGCUGGACACGGUGCUCACGUAUCAUUGGUGCUCAGCGUUUGUAGCAUACUUCCCAGAACGGGCAUGUUUUGUUUAACCGUGUGCUGUUGUCUGGUAUGCAGACCCAGCCUGCCUGCCUUAGAGACUCAAGGCUGAUCUUAAUUUCUUUUAGGGGUGGAGGUGAUGAUCGUUACCCUUACAGCAAGGUGCGGGACCAUGGUGUCCACCUCUUUGUCCCGAGUAGGGGGCCCUGAUGACAAUAGCACAGAAGAUGGGGGCGGGGAGGGGGAGCAGACAGGAAAUGGUAAGCAGGUCAGGUCACAGAGCCCCUUCCUCCUCAGAGCCCUGCCGAGAAGGUGGCCAGUGCCCCCCCCACCCCGUUUCAUGCAGGAAGAAGCCCUUUCCUCCGAGUCCAGCAGACAGUCAGCCUGGCUUGAGCCUUGGGAAGCCAUUGACAGAGCCCCUUGGGUGUCAAGGCCACAUUCUGUGGCCCUGAGUGUCCCCUCCAACGUGCCAAUGCCGAGAAGAGAUCGCCUAACAGGCUCGCAGCGGGGGCGCCGGAGUCCUGGCCGGAGUGAUAUUGGGGACAUCCAGAGAACACGCCAGAGGGAAUCAAGUGCCUGGAGCCCUUCCUGGCCCCGCUUCCCCGAGGCCAAGUGACUGACUGGGCAAGUCCCUCCAGGAAUGCGAUCCAGCAGACGGUUGAGGCCUUGCCAGGGGCCGUGCUGGGUGCCGGAGGGACACAGACCAGAUACCAUCUCUGUCUGCCUUUGAAGCGCUUCCCGUCCAGCUGCCUCGGAGCUGAAGGCAGGAGGUAAGAAUGUGGAGGCCGUGUUCCUCGAGCCCUAGAGCUGUGAGUGGUGACCCGCACCGGCCAUUCGAACAGGUUCGU